GGCUGGCAGCCAAUGGCGAGGCAGAACGGGCCUCUUACGUCAUGGAGAGGGCGGGACCUGGGCUCUUGGCGCGGAGGGAGUAGGGCAGGCGCUGUGGGAGGGAACGUCAGAGCGAGGCUGUGAGGAGAGCUGGUCGCGUGAGGCGCGGCGGCUCCGCUUCAGGUGUGUCAGGCAGUGGCAGCCCGGCUGAGAGCGAAGGGGCGAGCGCGAUCCCCUGAGCUGUGUGAGCGCGGUCACCAUGGACCGCCCGGAUGAGGGGCCUCCGGCCAAGGCCCGCCGCCUGGGUAGCUCCGAGCUGCCUCAGCACGACCUGCAGCCGCCGCCGCCGCCGCCGCCGCUCCUGCGACUGCCCCUGCCUCCCCCUCAGCAGCGCCCAAGGCUCCAGGAGGAAACCGAGGCCGCACAGGUGCUGGCUGACAUGAGGGGGGUGGGACUGGGCCCCGCUCUGCCCCCGCCGCCACCCUAUGUCAUUCUGGAGGAGGGGGGGAUCCGCGCGUACUUCACCCUGGGUGCUGGGGGUCCGGGCUGGGAGCCUGCGAUCGAGUCAGCGUACGGGGAGGCGCCCCCUCCCACGGAGAGCCUGGAAGCGCUCUCUCCUUCGGAGGCUUCUGGGGGAAGCCUGGAAAUUGACUUUCAGGUUACAGAGCCCAGCAGCUUUGCUGGAGACAAGGCCCUAGAAACCUGUAGCGCAGGGGGACGGGGGUACCAGAGGUUAGCCGGUCCAAAGGGGAAGGAAGAGGCGGUCAUCAUAGUGGAAGACGACGAUGAGGAUGAAAAGGAAAGUGUGAGGAAGAGGAGGAGGAGGAGGAGGAGGAAGAGGAAGCAGAGGAAGGUGAAGAAGGAAAGCAAAGAGAAUAAUGUGGAGAAGAUAGAGUGCAUCCUGCAGGCACUGGAAAACAUUCAACUGGACCUGGAGGCAGUGAACAUCAAGGCGGGCAAGGCCUUCCUCCGUCUCAAGCGCAAAUUCAUCCAGAUGAGAAGACCCUUCCUGGAGCGCAGAGACCUCAUCAUCCAGCAUAUCCCAGGCUUCUGGGUCAAAGCAUUCCUCAACCACCCCAAAAUUUCAAUCUUGAUCAACCAACGCGAUGAAGACAUUUUCCACUACUUGACCAAUCUGCAGGUACAGGAUCUCAGACAUAUCUCCAUGGGCUACAAAAUGAAGCUGUACUUCCAGACAAACCCCUACUUCACAAACAUGGUAAUUGUCAAGGAGUUCCAGCACAACCACUCGGGCCGGCUAGUGUCUCACUCCACCCCAAUCCGUUGGCACCGGGGCCAGGAACCCCAGGCCCACAGGCACAGGAACCGGGACACCAGCCACAGCUUCUUUAGCUGGUUCUCAAACCACAGCCUCCCAGAGGCCGACAGGAUUGCUGAGAUUAUCAAAAAUGACCUGUGGGUUAACCCUCUGCGCUACUACAUGAUGGGAGAAGGAGGCUACAGGGCAAACAGAAAGAAGCAAGAAAAGGAAGAAAGUAAAAACAGGGAUGAAUAUGAGGUGGUGAUUGUGGAAGACUCUGAUGACUAUCACACAAUGGAAGACAUUAUCAGUGAGACCUCAGACAGUGAUGGUAUCACCGACAAUGAGACCAUUCAUGACAUCAAGAUCUCUGACUUCAUGGAGACCACUGACUGCUUCGAGACCACUGACAACGAGAUAACUGACAUCAACGAGAGCCUCUGUGACAGUGAGAGCCCUGACUACAAUGAGAGCCCUGACAAUGAGACCACCGACGAUGAGAGUCCUGAUGACAAUGAAACCACUGAUAACAAUGAGAGCGCUGAUGACAGCGAGACCACUGACAACAAUGAGAGUGCCGAUGACAACAACGAGAAUCCUGACAACAAUGAGAAUUCCAGUGACAACAGUGAGAACCCCGAAGACAACAACACUGAUGACAAUGAAGAGAACCCUGAUAACAACAAAGAGAACACUGACAACAAUGAUGAGAACACUGAUGGUGACAACAAGAACCCCAAUGGUGAUGAUGAGAACCCCAAAGGUAGCCACCACAGCAGCAAUGACAACAACCAGGACAGCAGUGACAGUGACAAUGAAGGAGACAAUGAGGGCAGUGAUGAUGAAGAUAAUGAUGGCAACGAAGGUGACAACGAAGGCAGUGAUGAUGAUGGCAAUGAAGGUGACAAUGAAGGCAGCGAUGAUGAUGACAGAGACAUUGAAGACUACAAGAAUGACAUUGAAGACCCUGACAGGGAUCAGGAUAACAGCAACAACCAAGAUGACUAUGAGGAUGAGGUAGAGAACAUCUCUGAAGAAGAAUCUUCAGUGGAAGAAGAAGAAGAGGGCAGUGAGGAAGGCAGCGAGCAAGGUGAGGACAGCGAUGACGAGGACAGAAGCGAGGAAGAAGGAAUCGAAGAUUCGGAAGGAGGGGAAGACUCUGAAGACUCCGACAUGGAAGAGGUGCUUCAUGUCCAAAACGCUUGGGCCAACCCGGGGAAGAGGGGCAAAACCGGAUAAAAGUCUCCCUCUUGCGGGGGCUGCCUCUCUGUAUCCUUCUGCUCCUGCCCCAUUUGCCUUCCCCCUCAGCUAGGGCCGUGCGGCCCCACAUUGCACUUCUGGGGGGUGACCGACUUCGUACACGGGUUUCAAGUUUAUUUUUAUGGUUUAGUAAUUGCAGAGUUCUUAUUUUGGGGGGGAAAGAAGGGGAUUCCCCCUUCCUUUUGGCUCUCCUCCCCCGCAGGCUUCUGUGUGCUGCUAAAUGUAUUUAUUGUGAUGCCUUGGUCAGGGCCCCUCUAUUCUCCUCCUCGUGCGUAUGGGGUGGACACCCUUAAUGCCGAAGCGGGGAGGGCUGCUGUGGCCUUGAGGGGCUCUGCUGCCACCCUGUUCUCCCAAGUCUUUUCUUUCCCUCCAUCUCUCGCCUUCCCCGCUGUGCCCGCUAGCUCGCCUCGGUGUCUAUGCAAGGCCGCUUCCCCAUUACGGUACUCCUGUCCCCCUCCCCCAGAAGCCCCGCCUUGUUCCCUGUGAACCCUGGUAAUCCUAAUAAAAUUCUGAGCAAAAUCAAA